AUGAACAAUAUUGUGUAUUAUAAGGGAUCACUUUUGAGAAAAUAAAAUAAUGACUAUGAACGUAGGUACGUAUACUUGUUUGAGAAUUUUCUUAUAAUCAAUAAGGUAUAGCCUUCAAAUUAUAAUUUCUUAGAAAGAGGAUCAUAAUUUGAUAGAUAGGAAAUUUGAUUUGACUUCUAUGGAUUGCCAAAUCAAAUGGCAUUAUGAGUACCAAGCCAAAUAAUAUUUAGGGAUAAUUUAAUCAAAGAAAUGAUGGUGUAUAACACAAAACAAAAUUAAAGAAUUGUAUAUUGUGAAAAGCAUGAGAUUUUAUUAGACUUACAAAAUAAACUUGAUGGAAAAGCCUACUAUAGAAAUUUUAAAUCAUUUUACCAGAAAUUAGAGAUAAUUAGAUCUCAUAAAAAUGUCGAAGUAAUCUCAAUCAUUCCUAUAUAGAUUAUGAUAUGUAAAAAUAUAUUAACAGAAGAGAUUGUUAUAGCUAAAUAAGUGAAGUUUCCUAAAAAUAAACUUGCUGACUUAGAUCCUAAUGUAAUAAUUCCAACAAAUUUAGUCUUUUGUAAUGAGUGAGGCUAAGAUAUAUAUGAAAUUAUCUUACAAUCCCCAUUAAUAUCUUUUAGGAGCCAGCUAAAUUUUCACUUGUGAUCAGUCAGUCAUUUAUAUAAUGCAUAAUUGCAAAGGAGGAACACUUUAUGAAUAUCUAAUUGAGAAUGAUUUAAAUUUGCCAGAAUUAGUGACUUAAGAGAUAAUGAAAAAGUUACUUAUGGGUCUUAAUCAUCUCCAUAAACUUGGAAUUAUGCACAGAGAUUUAAAAUUAGACAAUAUCAUGUUACUGAGAAAAAAUGAUCCAAACUCAAUUCGUAUUAUGGAUUUUGGUUAUUCAACUUUUAUUGAUGAUAAGAGUUUAUCAAAUUAAAGAUGUGGUACUCCUGGAUAUAUUGCUCCAGAAAUUUUAAAUAUGAAUCACUAUAAUGAAUUAUGUGAUAUUUAUAGUUUAGGGUGUGUGUUCCAUGCUUUAUUAACUGGAAGAAAAUUAUAUCAAACACCAAAGUCCACUAAAGCUUCAGAAUUAUUAAUAAUGAAUAAAAAUAGCACUAUUUCAUUGUCCUAAAUUUGUAAUCUCAAUGCCCUUGAAUUAUUAUAAUCAAUGAUAUCAGUCGCUAAGUAAAGACCCAGUGCUGCAGUCUGUUUGCAGCAUUUAUAUUUUGAAGAAGAAUAAUUUUAGAUAGAAGAUCUAAGCACACAGUAAAUUAUUUUUAAUAUUGUAGAUUGAGACAAUUAGAUUUUCCUUAACUCAGAAAUCCAUUUAGAUCUUGA